AUGGCUCCCAGUGCGCCCCCAAUUCUCGAUUUCUCUUCCUUCUACGGUGAGGAUAGUGCGGCCAAGGCCCAGCUGGUCGAAGCAGUGCGCAAUUCGUGCCUCUACAAUGGUUUCUUCCAGAUCACCGGCCAUCGCGUGCCGCUUGAAUUGCAGCGACGAGUGAUGCGCUGCGCUCAGCGCUUCUUUGACCUCCCACUCGAAGAGAAGCUCAAGAUUGACAAAAACCGCAACACCUUCAACCGUGGCUACGAACUCCUCCGCUCGCAGAUGCUCGAAGUCGGCACCGGUCCGGAGCUCAAAGAAGGCUUGUACAUCGGCCAGGAAAUCCCCGAAGACCAUCCCUACUACAUCCAGAAGAAGCUCAACAGCGGACCGAACCAAUGGCCCCCGACCGUGGAAGACAAGGAGGAGUUUCAGCGCACCUCGAUGGAAUACUACAAUGCCGUGUUUGAUCUGGCCAAAGAUGUGCUAGCCCUGCUGGCACUCACCCUGGACGUAACCGAGGACUACUUCGACCCGCUCACCGACGGCGCCGUCGCGACCAUGCGCAUGCUACACUACCCCGCCCAGCCCAAGGACGCCGACGAGAAGCUAAACCGGGGCAUUGGCGCACACACCGACUUUGGAUGCAUCACGCUGCUGCUGCAGGACGAGGUCGAUGGCCUGCAGGUUCUGGAUGCUCCCACCGGCGAAUGGCUAGAUGUCCAACCCGUCCCUGGGGCCUACGUGGUCAAUCUCGGCAAUCUCUUCAUGCGCAUGGCCAACGACCAAUACAAAUCGAAUAUCCACCGCGUGAUCAACAAGUCUGGUCGCGAGCGCUACUCCAUUCCUUUCUUCUUCAGCGGAAACCCGGACUAUCUGUGUGAGUGUCUGCCGAAUUGCCGUGCGGAAGGCGAGGACCCCAAGUAUCCGCCCAUCACGGUGGAGGAUAUGGUGACGGCGUCGUAUAAAGAGAGCUACGGUCGGGCGGAGCACUCAGUAUUCACCUAUAAAUUCAGUCAUUAUACCCGUAUAAUUAUGCCCGAUAGGAUCACAGAGAAGGGGGUCGUCAUUGACGACCCUGCCGUGGAGCAGUUCUAUGGCUCUUCGACGACUGAGGCCUACCGGCUCAAGUCGGAACUCGUGGGGAAGUGCAUGGAGGAGAUCGGGAUGGGGCGGUUUCAAUGGAAGCUAUUUAUUGUGACUGGAUUUGGAUGGAUUGUGGAUAAUUUCGCCUCCCAAGGCAUCAGUAGCGUUCAACCCGCCAUCAAACUCGAAUUCCCCGGCAUCGUGCAGGUCAGUUACAGCUCUGUGGCAUACUAUACCGGGUUGAUCCUCGGCGCGUCAUUCUGGGGCAUUUCCAGUGACUUGAUCGGCCGGAAGCCGGCAUUCAAUUCAACUCUUCUGCUGGCGGGCAUAUUUCUCUGUGGUGCGGCGGGCACUAUGAACUUUGUGGCAUUCAGUGCCAUGUGGGUGGUCAUUGGGACGGCGGCGGGUGGUAAUGUCCCGGUGGAUUCGAUGAUAUUUUUGGAAUUUGUGCCUGGAAGUCAUCAAUAUCUCCUCACGGCCUUGUCAGCGUGGUGGAAUCUAGGACAGUUGAUCGUCUCGCUACUGGCCUGGGUCUUCCUGGCCAACUUUGCCUGUCCGAGUGAUUCCACGCCGGGGACGUGUCAUCGGAGCGAGAACAUGGGGUGGAGAUACACACUCAUCACGCUGGGUGCCCUCUCCCUCGCAUUCACCUGCAUCCGAUGGUUCAUCUUCAAGCUCCCUGAAACCCCCCGCUACCUUCUCUCCCAAGGCAAAGACCAAGCCGCCGUCGACGCAGUCAACUACGUUGCCCGGGAGAACAGCAAACCCGAACCCUUGACCAUCGGGAUGUUCCAAGAAAUCGACGCCCGACUCGGCAUCACAUCGUGUGAAUCCAACGGCCCCGGUCUCACCACCAAACAAAUCAUCCAAGAGAACAUGAAAGACUUUCGCUCGACGCACUAUCAAGCCCUGUUUGCCACUCACAAACUAGGCCUCCACACCACCAUCAUCUGGGCCAUCUGGCUAACCAUCGGAAUCGCCUACCCUUUGUACUUCAACUUCCUCCCCUCCUACCUGGCCACCAAGUUCUCCUCCGACUCUUCGCUUACCACCACCUACCGCGACUACUGCAUCGAAUCCGCCGUGGGCGUCGUGGGCCCGAUAUCCGCUGCCUACCUCGUCACCACGUUCUUCGGCCGUCGCUGGAUGAUGGGAAUUUCCUCUAUCAUCACCGGCGUGUUCCUCUUCGCAUACGUAGGGGUUAAUAACCCGACCUCGAGUUUAGCAUUCGCUUGUAUCACCGGCAUGUUAGGGAAUUUCGAGUACGCAAUCAUGUACGCCUUCACGCCUGAAUCCUUCCCCGCUCCGCAUCGCGGCACCGGAACGGGUACCGCGGCAUCAUUGUUAAGGUUUGGUGGGCUGUGUGCGAGUUUGAUUGCGUCGCAGACGGGGUUUACCACCGCGCCGAUUUAUGCUUCCGCGGCGUUGUGGGUGGUGGUUGGGGCGGUGUGUUUUGGGUUGCCGUUUGAGACGCAUGGGCGGGCUGCUAUUUAA